CCACCACCACCACCACCAUGUUUCGGUCCGCGGCCUCGAAGCUCGCGCACAACUCGACGUUGCCGAGCCUGGGCGGCAACAAGGACCUGCGACCGCUUCAGGACCUCAUCACGGCCGAAAAGGCGAUCCUGCAGUCGCUGAUACGACUCAGCAACGACUUCGCGAAGGCGUCGGAGUGCCUCCGAAGCUGGGGCAUGGGCGAGGGAGAGGAUCUCGCCGACACCCUGAACGCAUCCUACAUCCUCCUCUCGCAUUUCUCCGCCGCCCUCGGCCAGUUCGCCACGCACGAAGAGAACAUCCGUACGCACAUGAAGGCCGUCCGCACGCGCGAGGAAAACCUCGACCUGCUCAAGCGCCACCGCCGCUCGGUCGGCUCCAAGGCCGACGCGGCCGAGAAGAAGCUCGCCAAGAUGUCGCCCGAGCACAAAAGUCUUGCCGCGCAGAUGGAGCUGCUCAAGACGCUCCAGGACGAGAUGCGCAAGCUUGAUGGGGACAUCAUGCGCGAGGAGGCCGCGCUCGGCGACUUUAAGCGUCAGAGCGCGAAGGAGUGGAUGACGCUCAAGUUCGGCGGUCUGCUCGAGUGCGCGCAGAAGGGCACUAUCGUCGGCGAGAUGGGCAAACUCGUCAUCGCCGAAAUCCCGCAAGACAGCACGCAGCCUGGCCUUCCCCGUGCAUACUAUCAAGGUCAGGCCCGGACCGAGUCCUACGUGAACGAGGCGAACCGGAAUGUCGCCUUCGUUGCCUUCAACGGCGAGCCCGCCGCAAACGCGCAAGACGCGCUCCGCCCGCCUUUCCACCCCGGCCACCAGCCCGAGUUUUCCACGGCAUCUUCCAGCUUCGCCAACGGCAGCGGCGUGCCUCCGACGCAUGAAUACGAGCCCUCGCAACCCUCGCCGAGCGCCGCGCGGGACGACGACGCACGUUUCCCCGGCCUGCGCCCGAUCGAGUCCGAGCCCGGCUUCGGUUCAGGCUCCUUCAUGAGCGGGAUCAACAACGGCACGGGUCCUUCAUGCCCCGUUCCCAUCGUCGAUGAAUUUGGCUCCGUAUCCGGCGGCGGUCCCGGCGCGCCCUACUCGCAGACGCUACCUGGCUCCUCCUUCCGCACCAGCAGCGUCGAUGCCGACGGCGGCACACCGAUCAUGGAAGUGCAGCCCUCGCAGCCUCGCGCCGGCGCACGCGCUGGAAACCGCUUCGCGACCUUCCCCGUCAAGCGGCCGACGAUGGACGUCCGCCCCUCCGAUCCUGAAGCGAAUGCUCCCCGCCGGCCCUCGGUCGCCGACACCUACCGCGACUCGGGCAUCUCCGGCCCGCGUGCCAUGUCCCCACCGUCACCGUCGGCGCCCGUCAUCGACGAAGCAGGAGGCGCGCGCCCGCUCUCGCUGCACGACCCGACGCUCUCCUCCCUCCCCGCCGUCUCGCUCGGGCUUAGCCUCCCGUCGAGCGGCGGCGGCGGCGGCUCCGGCGACACCUCCCUCUCGUCCUCGAUCGCGCAGGCCAUGGGCGGCGACUUCGGCGCCGGCCUCGACCGCGCGGACACGCUCAGCCGCCCGCCGGCGUACGCGGCCACCGACGGGCGCACGUACGACCCGCCGCCCGGCCCGCCCCCGGGCCACGUCGGCUCCGGAUCCGGAUCCGGGUCGGCGCAUACCAGUCCCACGACGGGCUCGUUCGGGUCUGCCACCGUCAGCUCGCCGGGGCUGCCCCCCGGCGCGGCGCCGCCCAAGGCGAUGACGGCGCCCCCGCCCCCGGGCUCCGCCGACGCGUCCUCGUACGAGCCGACGCCCUACGACGGCGGCUACGCCCCGUCUGUGCCCGCACCACAGCUGGACCUGCCGACGCCCUCGACGCAGCCGACCCCGAUCGCGGAGGUGCCCGAACCCGAGCCCGAGAGCCGAGAACACGGCGGGGAGUCGCAGCUGGCGUACAUGUCCGACCCGGAGGAGCAUUCGCAGCAGCAGCAGCAGCAACAUCAGCAGCAACCCCCCGCGCCGGCGCCGCUGAGCUUGGGGCGGAGCAAGAGCCGACGGGACGAGCGGGACGAGCACGGCCAGCGCGUGUCGCGGCACGUCAAAUUCGGCGAGGUGAGCGACAUUGACGAGGAGAUGGAGCAUCGCGAGAUGGGCCGCCGGAGCCGGGAGCAGCUCCGGGUGGACGCGGACGCCAACGAUGCGGACGCCCCGCUCGGGACGCCGGCGGAGCCUACGCCCACCGGUCCCCCACCGCCAUUUCAGCCUCAAGCGUCCCCGCCGCGCGCAGCGCCGUCCGCGCCCGCCCCGCUCGCGCCGCCCGCCGCCCCGUUCGCGGCCGGGCGGUCCGUUUCGCCGCGCCCGUCGCCCGGUACGGAGGGCAUGCGGCUGCACAACAGGGAGCCCGAGGGGCGCCCGUCGCAGGAAUCGUCGUCGCCAACGUCCCCUCGCAGCCCGUCCGGGACGUCGAACCCGCCCCCGCCCCAGCAGCAGCGUGGGCCAUACCCGCCCCCGCCGAACAUCAGCCUCCCGCGCCCGUCCUUCGGCAGCAACACGUCGUCCUCGACCAUGGGCGGGGGGAACACGCCGUACAGCACCCCGCCCGAGUACCCGCGCAACGGGUCCUCGACGUCGCUGGCCUUGCCCAAGACGCUCCCGCCGCCGCCCGCCUCGUCCGCGAACGGCAAGAUCUCCGCCGCCGCGUUCCGGCAGCGGCAGCAGGCGAGCCGCAACGCGUCCCAGGGGAGCCUCGUCGGCGGCGCGGGCGGCAGCCCCGUGCUGGGCGGCGGCGGAGCAGGGCCGGCGGACGUGGCGCCGCUCGCGUUCAAGAAGCGGCCGCUGCCGAGCUCGCCGUACCCCCAGCGCGGUCCGUCGCCGAACCCGAACCCGAACCCGACGCUGUCGCAGCUGCAGCAGGAGGAAGGGGCGGCGCAGUCGCGCGAGUCGCUGCCGUACCCGCGCCGCCCCGGCGCGGCGGCGGAGGAGCAGCGGCCGAUGUCGACCGCGUCGAGCGAGUUUGACUAUAUCUCGGCGUACAUGGGCGACGACGGUGACGGCGAACGGAGGAGCGGGGAGGGGUUGCGCUGAGGGGAGAGGGAGGAUGCCGUGGGCGCCCGUGAUCGCGCCAGAAAAGUAUCCAUGGGCUCGCGAGCGCAAGCUGCAUAUAUGUUCUUGUCGACUGUCGGAACGGAAACACUCUGAUACCCCCCAUGACUUCCCGUAUGCAAAGUCCAAACCCUGUAUGAAAGGCCGUCGUGUACUCUUACAG